CUAGAGUGACCUAUACCACAACUUCUACACAAAAGGGUAUUUUCGUCAUUAUAAAAAAGUUCUCUCUCUCUAGCUUUCACCUCAUUUAUUUAACAAAUUUUUUGGAACAAGACGCCGUUGUAGACAUUCACCAAGAGUCAGAGCUCAGAAUAUCAUCAGAAUCUCUCUCCUGAAAAAACCAAAUCUAUCUCUCAACCUCGGUUUCAGUAUAAUCCAAAGGAAGACGACGCGUUCUUGCAGCAAAUCGUGCGAGUCGAGUAUCAUGCACUUGACUUAAGAUACUUUUCACCCAAACAGAAAAUCUCGAUAGUUAGUUGUUGGUCUUCUUGAGGAGUUGUUCGGCUUUUAUUAGAUGCAAACAUCCCAAAAUAGUCGAAGCUCGGGAGCAGCUAUCCAUAACCGGCUGUACAACCAACCCGACCCGAUCGAACCCUUUUGCUUAACGAAUUCCCGUUUCCAAAUCUUGAACAACAAUGCCUACCCCGAUCACAUGCGCCACCAAGAACCCUCUGUCGUUUCGUCCCAGACUUCAAACGACCAGUUCUUCACAUUGGAAUCAUCUCCAGCCGUAGAAUAUCCCAUGUAUAACUCACCACUUGGUGGCAGUUCGUCGUCAAACAGUCGAAGCCCGUUUUCGCCUCAAGCGUCAUCUCAAUCAUGUUUAUCAAAUGUACAGAAUUCCUCUGAUAACACGUAUGGAUCACCGAUUAGCAGCGGAGUGGAACAGGCUCUUAGAGAAAUGGAAAUGGAACUUUUAGGACCCGGAUCGGAUUUCGAUGAUGGGUCGAUUACGAGCUCGUUUGACGACAAAAACAAGUACCAUAAGAUGCUGCAAUUGGGUAUUUCAAAUCUCGAUGUAAAGCAGACGUUAAUUAAAAUCGCUCAUUUCAUGGAUGAAGGUGCUACUGAAGAAGCAAAUCUCCUUAUGGAAGCUUUACAAAGUAAGGUGUCGGUUGCCGGUGAGCCGAUUGAACGUUUGGGUGCGUACAUUUUAGAAGGCUUAAAAGCCCGACAGUUAUCUUCCGGAAGCGUAAUUUACAAAAAGUUAAGAUGUUACGAGCCGAACCCGAAAGAGCUCAUGUCGUACAUGUCAGUCCUGUACGAAAUCUGCCCGUACUACAAGUUCGCGUACACGUCAGCGAACGUCAUCAUUUUAGAAGCUAUGCAGUAUGAGAGCCAAGUGCACGUUUUCGACUUCCUGAUAGCACAGGGUAGUCAAUGGGUUAUGCUGAUCGAAGAGCUUGCAAAGCGGCCCGGUGGGCCACCACGGCUUCGGGUCACCGGAGUCGACGAUUACGACUCGUCUUACGCGCGAGGAGGCGGGCUCCACCUCGUCGGUCAACGGCUGGCUAAGGUAGCUGAACUACACGGAGUCCCGUUCGAGUUUCAUGAAGCGGCUCGGUCAGGAAGCGAGGUUAAUUGGGGGAACCUAAUGGUUUAUCCCGGUGAAGCCAUCGCGGUUAACUUCCCGUUCAUGUUACACCACAUGCCCGACGAGAGUGUGAGCACGACUAACCAUCGCGACAGACUAAUCCGUUUGGUUAAACAAUUGAGUCCGAAAGUCGUGACCUUACUCGAGCAGGAAUCCAACACGAACACCUCAUCGUUCUCCAAACGGUUCGAAGAGGCUCUUGAUUAUUACACGGCUAUGUUCGAGUCUAUCGACACGAAGCUGCCGAGGAACAUAGUAAUGCCACGGGACGACAGGCGGAGGAUUAGUGCGGAGGAGAAUUGUGUAGCUAGGGACAUGGUUAACAUAGUGGCGUGUGAGGAUACAGACCGGGUGGAACGACACGAACCGUUGGCUAAAUGGAAGUUUAGACUAGAGCAGGCUGGGUUCACGAUGCAGCCGUUGAGUUAUUCAGUUGUGACCGCGACUCGUGAGGUGUUGAGGGAGUUUAGUGAUUGUUACCGGCUUGGAGAGAAGGAUGGUGCGCUUGUGCUCGGUUGGAAGACCAGGCCAAUGGUGACUUGCUCGGCUUGGAGGUGAUUAGGGAUUGACAAACAAUGAGUCGGGUUUAGGUUUAUUGUUAAUUAUAUAACACGUGCUACACUGUUUUUGUGACGAAUAAUAUUAAUGUCCUGGUUCGACUUAUGGUUGUGUUUCUUGUAGGUUUUCAUGUGUUAAAGUCAGUUUUUAAGAUGAGUCUAGAAUAUAAAAGAAUAAUUUAUUUAUUUAUUUA